UUGCCGAGGGGAAGCGAGAGGGGCCCGGCCAGGGCAAGAGAGGCCAGGAGCGGACCGAGGCUCCCCGAGUCCACACCCAGCCUGGGGGGAAGAUGAAACCAGCGAAGAAGGUUGCCAGCUCCCCCUCUUCCUCCUCUUCAAGUAGCAGUAGCAGCCGCUCUCCACCCUCCACCCGGGCUAAGGCCCAGAAGCGCAAGACCACCCUUGAAGAAGGACCUAAACCUGACGAGGGGGGAGGGGAGGAGGCUCCUGAUCAACCCACGGCGUUUGUGGGGGCCCGGCGCAUGCAAGUGAAGAUGGACCCUAGCCUGCGGGAGUUGCCGGGAGCUCACGAUGACCCCUACAAAGUACCUGAAGGCGAGGGAGAGCCUGGGGCAGAGGCCUGCGGGCCAGAGGCCUCGCUGAACCGCAAGACAGCUGCUUUUAAAGUGCGUGCACCUUGCAGAAAGUAUCCAGGAGGUGAGGAAUCCAAUGGCAGUGAGGGCUUGGCAGUGCCUGCCGAGGACGAACCCAGGCGCUGUCCCUCCUCCAGCACGGACACGGCCAGCGAGCACUCUGCCGACGAGAAUGACAAAGGGGUGGGGGACCUGUGGUCAGCACCCCCGAACGAGUACGACCUGCGGCAGUUGCGCUCCCAGAGGGUGUUAGCCCAGCGGGACGGGAUCUUUCAACCGGCUAUAGUGAAACAGAUCCGUCGGGGGCAGGACUUGGGGGUGCAGUUCAUCUCUGACCGUAUCACAGCAUACUACGAAGGGGCACUGGGUUCUGGCACCGUGAACGUGGUCCUGGAUGCCACACCCCCGCUGGCUGCUUUGACAGUGGGCACGGCUGUCUGUGCUUGUGUGGACUCCGAGGAGACGGCAUUUCGGGAAGGCACCGUGGUCGAAGUGAGCGCCAAGCCGCCCUCAUACAAAGUACUUUUUGCCCGCCCUGUGGUUCUCCCUGGCACCACUGCUGCCCGUAAAGACUCCUCCUGGGUACCACGCUCUGCCCUGCGCCUUCUGCAUCCCCCUUGGCGGUCCGAAUCUCUUCCUGAUGACAACAAACAACCUGAGAAGCCCCCUCCCUUGCCGGAAGAGGAGGAGGUCGCUCUGGCUCUUCCAUGCCCAGAGCCAAAGCAACCAGAAGACGCAGAGGUCUCUAAGAUCAGUGCUGGGGUGCGGGCGGAGGAAAAGUCCGUGGUUGUACCCCCUCAGAUUCUAUCACCUCCAAAGUCACCUGCAUUCCCUCGCCUCCCUGAGCAGCCGUCGCCUCUGCUGAGCCCAGAAGCGAGUGGGAGUCGCAGCAGUAGCGUGAUGUCAGUAGACAAGUGCAGCACUCCGGGUUCUUCUCGCUCCCGAACACCCCUCACAGCUGCCCAGCAGAAGUACAAGAAAGGGGACGUGGUGUGCACCCCCAAUGGCAUCCGCAAGAAAUUCAACGGCAAGCAGUGGCGGCGGCUCUGCUCGCGGGAGGGCUGCAUGAAAGAGUCGCAGCGCCGAGGCUACUGUUCCCGCCAUCUCUCCAUGCGCACCAAGGAGAUGGAGAGCCUUUCAGAGGGACGGGCCAGCGGGCUGCGAGAAGGAAGCGCCGAAUUUGACUGGGACGAGACCUCCCGGGACAGUGAGGCCAGUAGUGCUCGAGGGGAUUCACGGCCCCGCCUGGUGGCCCCAGCUGACUUGUCACGGUUUGAGUUUGACGAGUGUGAGGCAGCUGUCAUGCUGGUCUCCCUGGGAAGCUCUCGCUCCGGCACCCCCUCCUUCUCUCCCGUCUCCAACCAGUCCCCCUUCUCGCCUGCACCCUCGCCGUCCCCCUCGCCGCUCUUUGGCUUCCGUCCAGCCAAUUUCAGCCCCAUCAACGCAUCGCCUGUGAUCCAACGGGCGGCCGCGCGCAGUCGUCAUGUCAGCGCAAGCACCCCCAAGGGUGUCGGGGGCACAGUGCUGAGCCCUGAGAUGUUGCACCACACUGCUCCCCGGGAGCGCCAUCAUUCAGGCAUCUUGUCCACCUUCCAGACCAACCUAACGUUCACGGUCCCAAUGAGCCCCAGCAAGCGGAAAGCCGACUCCCACCACAGCAGUACAGGAUCGGUGGCCGACUUUCACAAGACUGACAGUCUUGACUCGGGGGUGGAGUCUGUCUCGCAUACGCCUACCCCCUCCACGCCUGCCAGCUUCCGGGCUGUGUCACCUGCGGGUGCUGGGCCCUUCUCCUCCCGCUCCCAGCAGGCUUCACCUCUCCUACUGGUGCCGCCACCGGCCGGGUUGACCUCUGACCCCAGCCCCACUGUGCGUCGAGUACCGGCUGUGCAGAGGGACUCCCCUGUCAUCGUGCGCAACCCGGAUGUUCCAUUGCCCUCCAAGUUCACUGAGAAGCCUCUGGAGGGACGGGUGGGCAGCCCCCGAAUGGGCAAGGCUGGCUCCAAGGAACACCUAGUGGGCAAGGGACAGCUGCAGGUGCCGGUGCCCAUCAACGUGGGUCGGAAUCUGCCUUCCAGCCAGCCCAGUGCAACCUCUGUCCCUGAACAGGUCCCGCCCAUUUUCAGUGUCUCCUCUCCCUUCCAACCAGUUGCCUUCCAUCCCUCUCCGGCCGCCCUCUUACCCGUCAUUGUCCCCGGCGAGUACACCAGCCACCCUGCCCCCAAGAAGGAGAUUAUCAUGGGAAGACCUGGCACAGUGUGGACCAACGUGGAGCCGCGCUCCGUGGCGGUGUUCCCGUGGCACUCCCUGGUGCCCUUUCUGGCUCCCAGCCAACCGGAUUCCUCUGUACAGCCCAGCGAGGGCCAGCAGCCUGUCAGUCAUCCCUCCACAUCCAGUCAGAACAAAGAGCCUCCAGAAUCAACUGCAGUGGCUCAUGAACUCCCUGGUGCAUCUUCGGGGGCCGAGAUGGGAAGGCCAAACACAUCUCAUCCCGACAGCCCAGCCCCAGUUCCCCAGCCAUUGACAGCGGCAUCAGGAGGGGGCGGCGGGCCCUCACAGCAUGACGACGACAUCUCGGGGCACCCACGUCUGGACAGUGAGACGGAGAGUGACCACGAUGACGCGUUCCUGUCUGUCGUAUCUCCUGAAAUUCAACUCCCUCUGCCACCUGGGAAGCGUCGUACCCAGUCGUUAAGUGCCCUACCCAAGGAGCGGGAUUCCUCCUCUGAGAAGGAUGGGCGCAGUCCUAACAAGCAGAGAGAGAAAGAUCACAUUCGGCGGCCUAUGAACGCUUUCAUGAUCUUCAGCAAGAGGCAUCGGGCUCUGGUACAUCAACGGCAUCCCAACCAGGACAACCGGACAGUCAGCAAGAUCUUGGGAGAGUGGUGGUAUGCGCUGGGGCCCAAGGAAAAACAGAAGUACCAUGACCUGGCCUUUCAGGUGAAGGAAGCCCACUUCAAAGCACAUCCUGAUUGGAAGUGGUGUAACAAAGAUAGGAAGAAGUCCAGCUCAGACGUGAAGCCCGCAGGUCCGGGGGGAUGCGCCAAGGAGACAAGAGAGCGCAGCAUGUCGGAGACAGGCACUGCUGCCGUGCCGGGAGGCCCUUCGGAGAUGCAGGCACUGCUGGGGUCAGAGGGCAAAGCUGGGCUUGUGGGAUCUGGGCAUGUCCAUGGGGAACGGAUCCUGCCCAUGUCGGGACCUGGCGCUCAGCGGCCACGGGCUUUCUCCCACAGCGGGGUGCAUGGGCUGGAGAGUGACCAUGACAGCCAGGUGCUGCAGGAGCUCACUCAGAUGUGCUCAGGACAGUCUCCGUAUGUCAGUGGUAAGGGACAGUAUGGGGGGCUGGGCCCCUCGGGGUCCCCCUUUGCCACUCCAGGUGAAGGACCCCGACCUUCCCUGCUCCCGCACCCCUCCCGUGCCUCCCGAUCUCAGCGCACUACCAGUGAGGACAUGACCAGCGACGAAGAGCGCAUGGUGAUUUGCGAAGAGGAGGGUGACGAUGAUGUCAUUGCCGAAGACGGGUUCAACCCAGCUGAUGUUGACCUGAAAUGCAAGGAGCGCGUGACGGACAGCGACAGCGAGGGGUCGUUGGGAGACGAAACAGACAACAAGGACUUUGGGCGGAAACUGUUCUCCCCCGUGAUCCGCUCAGCAGCCCUGCCCCCCUCCUCUGGUGCCUUUGCCCCCUGCCGUCCUCCACCCCCUCUGGACCUGGAGCCCCUGCCGCCUCACGGCCCUGAGCAACCACCCACUUCCAAGUCCUACGGAUCCUUCCAGAUGACGUCCAGCACCUUCAAGAGCCAAGACGCCCGAGGUGGGCUCCGUCCUCACAAUACUCCAGCAAAGCGCCUGGAGCCCCGCUUCGACCCAGCGGUGGCCCCCUACAGGCGGAAGCGGGCAGACAGUGCUAGCAGUUCCCAGGUGGCUGCAGACUCCGGAACGCCGCUCCCAUCUGCCCCCAUGCACUCGGUCAUCUCCCCUCCCGGCAGUGUGGUUCAGGCCGUGGUGCUGCCUGAUUCUGCCCGCUUGACCUCUGGCACAGUGCUGGUGACAGCCCCGUCCAUGAGUGCUCCCAGCAUGGGGGUGAUCGGCUACAGCGGGGCACCCAGCCUGGUCCGCACAGCUUCUACCGUGGUCACCAACGUGGUCAAGCCGGUCAGCAGCACUCCGGUGCCCAUUGCCAGCAAGCCCUUCCCACGCGGGGCAGGGGAGGGGCUACCAUUGCUCAGCCCUCCCCUCUCUGAUGGUAGUGGUAAACCUGAAGGGGUUUCCAUGGGGCGCAUCGGACUGCUUUAUGCCGACAAGAAGCAUUCGCAGCCCUCUACGAUGCCUGGGAUUCAAGCUGCGUCUCCUCAUUUGGUUGCUGGACCGCUCAUUGGGCAAGGCUUGGCUGCCGUGGGUAAAGGCCCUCCGAGCCAGGGCAGCGUUGUGACCAACCUUCUGGUGGGGACUCAAGGUUACGGGCACCCAGGCGGGGCUGGUGGGGCCGGUGUCCCAAUAACAGUCUUGCCACCCGGUGCUGCCAUUACCCAGCAGCCCUCGGUACAGUUCAUCACCCAGAAUCCUCCUGGUCCAGGGCAGAACGGCCCGGUGCCCCUCAGCAUCCUGCAGCCUCAAGGCAUCCUCUCCGGGACAGCAGGCAAAGCGGGUGGAAUCACCCAGGUGCAGUACAUCCUGCCCACGCUGCCUCAGCAGCUGCAGGUGGCUGGAGGGAAGGUGACGGCCGGGGCGGGCCCCCCCGGAGCCACCAGCAUUCACUUCACUCUGCCCCCAGCCAAUGGAAAAGUCAUCACCGCACCCCAGGCGAUCCCCAUCAUCCAGCCAGUGCCGGGAAGCAGCAAUGGCAGCGUCACUGUUGUGUCUUCAGCACCCAAAGUUCAGUCUGUGUCUCCAGUACAAGCCCCGUCUCCUGGGAGUUCAGCCCACCUCAUGUCCGGGCAAGUGGUCCCCCCUGCGAGCCUCCAGGUGCAAGGCAAGGUCCUGGUGCCCAUGGCAGCCCCCCAGGUGACAGUGCGGACCACCACAGCUGCCCAGCUGCCCCUAGUGACCCCACCUUUCCCUGUGCCGGUACAGAAUGGGAGCCAGCCAGCGAGUAAGAUCAUCCAGCUCACGCCGGUGCCGGUGGUUCAGCCCCAGCCCUCUUCACAAAGCAACGCCGCACUGGUGCCCCCGCUCAGCCCUGCAGCACUGCAGGGUACGGUAGCCACAGCUGUCAUGGGCUCUCCGAGCCAAGCCCAGAAAGUCCUGUUGCCCUCCUCCACCAGGAUCACCUAUGUGCAGUCAACAGCCGGGCACCCCCUAUCCCUGGGCACCUCGGCCUCCCACACACAGCCCAGCACCCCCCCAGCCGCACCUGCCACAACCUACGUCCAGUCCCCAGUGGGCCCUGCCCCCAUGGCGCUGGGUUUCACUGCAAUCGGGCCGAACGGGCAGGCCAUAGUACAGCCGCUCCUCUCGGGUCAGAGUCCUCUGCUGGCUCCGGGACAAGUGGGGGUGUCCCCUCUCCAAAGCCCCCAGCUGCCAGCUUCCUGCCCUGGACAGGGGCAGGUCAUCACUGCCAUCUACCCCAACCCCACAGGAGGGACCAGCCCAGCCCAGCCGCCCACACAAGGCGUGGUCUACACGGUGGCAGCCACAAGCACGGUCUCUUCUCCCACAGCCAUCCUGCCCAAAGGGGGCAGCACCCAGAGCUGUGGGGGCCCCAAGCAGAGCCUUGCCUCCUCAGCCACCCAGGUCAUCCCUUCAUCAGCUGCACGCCCUCAACGCCCGCCCCUCAAGCCUCUCCAGAAGGUGAAGGCCGCCAUCGCAAGCAUCCCCGUUGGCUCUUACGAAUCGGCCCCCUCGCCAGGUUCAGUUCGCCCUCCUGUGGGCCAGCAGCAGGAGCCUGGAGGGACACACUAUCACCAGGAGGCUGAAGGCACCGGGGAGCGGGCUUCGCGGGAUAUGGGGCCCCAAGAGCCACCACCUUCCCCUGCAUCUCGGGGCGUUGAACAGAGUCCAGCAGGGCUAGCCAAGCCCCAGGAACUGAAGCGGGAUUCCUGGGAGCCGGUGUCUCCCCCGUCUCCCCAGCAGCCGCCGGUAACAGAGAUGCCGACCACUGAAGCCUGGAGCCAGCGGGAAACAUCGGUGGGACCCAGUGAGGAGAGGGCGGUCCGUGACCCGUUGCCUGCCCCGCCACUGAGCAGCAAAGGGGCUGAGACGGCCCUGAAAUUCCCGACUUCCCCUGACUGGCGGGCAGCAGGUCCAGAGGGUCGCUCCGAGGCUUCGGCACCACCUGCAGGUCCGUCUUCCCACAGUCCUGGCCUGUUGAGCUCCGGGGAAAGCUCCAGAGGAGGAGCCUCGGUGCUCACGGCAGCAGCCUCUGCGUCUGAAGGGCCCGAACAAAAGGAGGGUCCUGCGGGCAAGAAAGUGAAAGUCCGACCUCCUCCACUGAAGAAAACGUUUGACUCCGUUGACAACAGGGUUCUGUCAGAAGUGGAUUUCGAGGAGCGUUUUGCCGAGCUGCCCGAAUUCAAGCCUGAGGAGGUGCUGCCCUCGCCCACUCUGCAGUCCCUUGCCACGUCGCCCCGUGCCAUCUUGGGCAGUUACCGCAAGAAGCGCAAGAACUCCACAGACCUCGACUCCUCCACCGAGGACCCCAUCUCCCCCAAGCGGAAGAUGCGCCGUCGCUCCAGCUGCAGUUCAGAGCCCAACACGCCCAAGAGCGCCAAGUGCGAAGGAGACAUCUUUACCUUCGACAAAACUGGCACUGACACAGACGAUGUCCUUGGAGAGCUGGAGUAUGAGAAGGUGCCCUAUUCAUCACUCCGGCGUACCUUGGACCAGAGGAGAGCUUUGGUCAUGCAGCUCUUUCAGGAUCACGGCUUCUUCCCUUCAGCCCAAGCCACCGCAGCUUUCCAGGCCCGCUACUCCGACAUCUUCCCCACCAAGGUUUGCUUGCAGCUCAAGAUCCGAGAGGUGCGGCAGAAGAUUAUGCAGGCGGCCACCCCCACGGAGCAGGCACCAAGCACACCGGAGCCCGGCAGCUCUGCCAGCCAGGGUGGCUCGGCCGAAGGGCAGCCUUUGGAACUGGCUCUCGCGCAGGACUCGGCACCAGGAGGAGUGCAAGCCACCGCCACGGCCCCCCCUCCCACCACAGCUGCUGGCUGGGACUGUAACCAGCAGUCUUCCCCCGGGGGCGGGGGCGGGGGCGGCAACACCAGCAGCAGAUGA